AUGUUUUUUUUCAUUUCAGUCAGAGGAUCGGACGGAAUAUCUAUUGUUCAUGGCCCGCCAAAGUUUAGGCAACACGAGGACUUUGGAAGGUAAGCUACAACAACUCAACAGCUUACCUGCUGGUUACAGCAAGUAUUUUCUAUCCAAGAUAAUGCUCGGUUUGCAAUUUGACAGAUCUUUCAGAUUUUCUCAUCGUUAUACACAAAAAUUCCAAACCGCCAUUGCAUUGGCGAACCAAAUGUACAGCUCUGGUCGAACUGUAAAAUUAAAUGCGAGUGUGGUGUUUCUCUUGAAUGAAAUUAAAUAGGCCUGGUGACUAAAUAUGGUCAUAACCUCGUUUUUCACUUGAAAGAGGAAAUCCACCAAAGGCUAUGUAAAAGGAAAAAUUGUCAGCUUUCAUCUUGCAAAAGUGUUUCUGCUUAUUUCCUUGAGAGGAAUAAAAAAUUAAAACUUCAUGCGUGACCUCCCGUUCUUGAGUACAGAAUUCAUAACCUCUUCUUGCGCUGAGUUGUAAGCAUUUCUCAUUUGUUUAUUUUAGUGACAACUCUCCUCGAUGCAGGGCAAUGACCUUUAGUCCUGAUGGGUCUCUCUUUACUUGGUGUAAUGGCCAAAGGUAAAGAUCGUUUUCUUGAGUAUUAUUUUCCUUUUGUCACAUGUUAAAACAAUUACCAUUGAAAGGGAUGUUGAAGGAGAUUAACAGAUACCACAGGAAAUUGUCUUUAAGUAAUCAUAGUUUGGUGUAAGUACCAUGUAAGUAGAAAUUAAAAUAAAUUGUAUUGCUUCUCACUUGCCUGGUACAAUUUUUUUUUGGAUUAAAAAGAAAGGAUUAAGUUUUUACCUGAGCCAAGAGGCCAGUCCAGCCAGAGCUUAUCUCAGUUUCCUCAGCAUUAAGUGACUAGGUGUAUCACUACUCCCCCUGGCCCCUGGAUGGGAUGUCAGUCUACUGCAAGGUUAGCCCCUCUCCCUCCCCCCAAUCCAGUAAGAGCUUAUCUCCAUUUUCUUAGCAUUAAGUGACUAGGCUUAUCACUACUCCCCCUGGCCCCUGGAUGGGAUGCCACCAUUAGCUCUCCCCUCCUGCCCAAAAUUUCAUCAGGCCUCCCUAACAUUUUGUUGGUACCUAUUUACCCUAGGGCCUAGUUGUUUAAAGAGCAGAUAAUGUCUCCAAUGGAUAAAUAAAUAACUCGUGAAUUUUGAUUUAGUUUCAUUGGUAAUUUGUCUUUCAGCCAGUCUGUUUCCCAAUCUGAUUGUCUUUUAAGAGAUCUUUUUAUUUGUUUCUGAUACUUAAUUAUUAUUUUGCAGUGUAAUAGUCGUAGACACAUCCAAGUUCAGUUUAGUAUGCCGUAUUCCUAAAGAGAAAACUCAGUGUUUGGACUUCUCUCCUAAAGCCACUCACCUGUCAAUAUGGGAACAGUACACAGGUUAGUUGCAGUGGCCAAACUUUUCCCUUUACUUUACCUUGAUUCAUACGGAUCAAUAUCAGUAUCUGGGCAACUGCCCACCUACCCCUCCUCUGACUCAACAUUAACCUUGACUUGUUGUCAAUUGACUGUUGUUGAGUUAGGGGAGGGGUAGGUGAGCAGUUGCCCAGAUACUGAUAUUGAUCCAUUCUUACUACGUCUUCCAUUUGCCCCACCUGAUUUACUAUAAAUUAUUGAUGCUUCAAAGAUUUCUUGAACAUAUGGAAUACUAUCCUCUAGCCGUCGAACAUGGCCCUGAAUUGCUUUCAGGCACAAAGCUAAAGACUUGAAUUACACCCUGGUAGUAUAAAAUAGCAUUAUCAUGAUGGUGAUUUCCAAUCAGCCUAUUUUGAAAAGUUGGUCUUGUAUCAAGGUAACACCCAUUUGCCUAUGUCUCUUUUUUUCAUUCCUUAAAGUAAUUUUUUUAGAAAAGGAUGCUUUGCAAGUCUCUUUUCUUUCAUUGGUAAGGUUAAAUUGUGGGCAUUGCUGAACUGAUUUUGUUAUUAUUUUCAUGCGAAACAGCAAGUAAAGAUCAGUCUGCAGGAGUAAACAACCUUGAAAUCUGGAAUCUUCAGGCUGGAAGAUUAGUUGCUGGAUUUUCACAGAAGAAGAAGGACACUUGGUUAGUUUUACAGGAUUUGGUCUUUCUAGCUUUCUGAAGUUCUUUCUUUUAUUUUUCUUUUGCCAGUAACUUCACUGAUUUUAACAGUUUAUGUAGAUAAACAAAGUUUACAGAUAGGUUAUUGUAUGUUUCAAAUUAAUUUCUGGGUUCCCUGGUGUAUAUAUAAGAAAAAACCUGGCAGAAAUGCCUGUUCAUGUAUAUUAUUUAAUAACUAGUAUAUGAAGACUGAUUAAAACCACACUUCUCUAAGCAUGAAUGAAUCCCUUUCUUGGUAGAAUGAUUGGGGCAAAAAGGCACAAGUGUUUGUUUACAGGUUUCCAAAAAUUGAUGGGCCAAGUUUUUUAAAGAGAAUUUUGUCACAGAGGAAGGUUUCCAAGGAUUAUUGACUCUGUAAAUUAGUUGACUAUGACAAUUGUGAAGGAAAUAAUUUAAGAUGCAGGGGAACAUUCAAUUUUUGUAAUCUUCCCUGAUCAGUGUUCUUGCAAGUUCUGAUCAACAUCAAUUAUGCCUUGAGUAGUCUGCUUGGUUAUUCAUACUUCUCAAUGAAAGUUAUAGGGAAGCUUAAGCACCAAUCAUUGCUUCUUUACCAGGCAACCAAAGUGGAGUGAAGAUGAGUCAGUCUGUGCUCGAUCUGUUAACAAUGAGAUUCACUGCUUUCACGAAGCAGAUUUCAGUAUGUACACAUUAGUUCAGUACAAAAUCAGUUUUGGGGAACAACCUUAAAAACUGGUCAUAGAUAUAAAAUCUUUAGACUGAGUUGAGUUUUGAAAGUUUGAUCACCUGUGUGUUUUCUAAAGAAUAUUUCGCCUUUGUCUCAUACUCAUCACAAAAUAACCAACACCUUACUUUAUUGGAUUACAUAACUCAAAGUUUUGCCAUCUUUCUUGAAUGUUCAAUGUAAUUUACAUAUGAUGCUUUCAGAAAUUUUCACCCUAGUAGUAUGCAGUAUGAUUAUUAUAUAUGAAUCUAGUACACAGCGAGAUAUAUGAAGCUCAGUGGUAGAGCACUGACCUGCAAAAACUGGUGGAGGGACUCUGAUUUGUUUUACACCCCCCCUUAAUAUCUUUCCUUAUCUGACAACUAAGCUGUAUUGUUUUGUUUAUCAUAUUUUGUAGCUUCAAUUGCAGCCAAACUGAGGCUUCAAGGAAUCUCAGAUUUUGAGCUCUCUCCAGGUCCCCCUCCAUUUACUGUGGCAGCUUAUGUUCCUGGUUCAAAGGUGGGUGUGCUGUGUUUUGUCUCUGAAUUCUGCACAUUUUGAACAGUUGAAACGUCAAAUUAAGGAAUUUUAGUCGCUGGGAAUUCUUCUGUGCAAAUAAAAAAAUAAAUCGCUGGUACAUAACUAAACAUCUGUUUUUAUCUCAUCAGGGUGCACCAUCGUAUGUGCGAUUAUUUAGACACCCAAAUUUUGACAAUCCUGCUUCUGUUCUAGCCAAUAAAAGCUUUUUCAAGGCAGACAGAGUGAAAUUAAUGUGGAACAAGAAAGGUUUGUGCUGUAUUUUAUGCAUUAAUUUACAGGUUCAUUUAUUGUGAAUGAGCUUAAAAUAACUGUUUCCUAUUUUCUUUUUCCUUUUUUUUUCUGAUUCUGUGUUUUUUUUUUUUAGUGGGCAUUUCAUCAUGAUUAUCAAGUUAUUCAGUUUAUUGUAAAUAAGGCAAGCUGAGAAUAAACAGUUCACAUUUAUAACAGCAUUGCAUCUGAUUGUCUUCUUUUUCCUUAGGCUCUGCUGUGCUUGUUGUAACAACAACAGAUGUUGACACAACAGGUGCCUCGUAUUAUGGUGAACAAACACUGCAUUAUAUCAGUACUUCUGGAGAAAGCAGUAUGGUGCAGUUAGGUAAUUUAUUAAAUUAAUGUAUAUUUAUUUUACAGAGUGAGAGUUGUUGAAAAUGCUUUUGCCAAUUGUGUGAAUUUGUAUGCAGCAAGGAUGUCAAAUGCAAUUUUAAAGAAUGGCAUUAAUAGAGCAUCCAUAUCGACAGUUGCCACUAGCAUUUACCAAAAGACUUAUUGGACAAAUCAUAAAUAGUAAUCUCUUAAGGACUGGCAUAAUUUUACUAUACAAUUAUUGCAAUUACUUGUACUGUGUAGGAAUUGUUUAUAAGCUUAUGCAUAUCAAUUGUUUUACUAAAUUAGCUAAAAGAGGACCAAUAUACUCAGUUCAAUGGAGUCCAAACUCAAAGGAAUUCUGUGUGGUAUAUGGCUGUAUCCUUUUCUCCAAGAGUUUCUUUACCACUGAGUGAAUUCUUCAGACUUCAGUGCCAUGGCACACUUGAACAAACUAGCGACUGAACUACUAACUGCCACAAAGAAAUCUCCUGGCCGACCAAGGCUUUGCAACAAUGAAAAGAGAGAAGUAAUUGCUAUUGACAUUAAAACUACCCAGGUUGAAGGAUGGGUAGGUUGGAGGUCAGGCAACUGCAAACAGCAACAGAAAAACUGGUAGAUUACAACUAAUUAUGUGACUAGACCCCUGCACAUUGGCACCCAGACUCCCAGAUAUGUGUAAGAAAAAUGUUCCACUUCUUUUGUUCCUCAGACAGUGGAAAUCAGUUUACACUUUUCACUUUUUAAAAUUCUUUAAUUUAUUGCUUGUUAUUUGUAUUAAGAAUCAGAUGACAAAUUAUUUUGAUAUAUGACUUUAAUGCUUGUUUUGUUAUUGUUAUUGCUGUUGUUGUAGUUGUUUUUGAUAUAUCUUCCUUGACUUGAUGUCUUUUUAUUUUUACUUCUGAAUCAGUCAUGCCAGCCAAGGCAACAUUAUUUAACAUAAAAUGUGAAUCCUUGUUUGACUUUGGGACUGGACCACGUAAUGACGUCUUUUACAACCCUCAUGGAAAUAAUAUCCUUAAAAGAGAUAUGCUCUCCAGAAUAUCUGGAAGAUCUGUAAUUUUAAAUUAAUAUUUCUAUUUGACAAUUUUAAACAUAACUACUAUAAGCCAUAAUUAUUGUUACUAAGUUAAUAAUUAUUGCAGCUGUUAUGUGGAUUUCCUGAGUCCUUACUUUGUCUUUCCUAAAUGUCAAAUGGAAACUGAGUCUAACGAUCAAUUUUGGACAAACAGAACAGUGUUACCACCUUUUGCAUUCAUUCUGAAUUUAAUUAAAGUUGUUUGAUGAUACCUUUUGUUGCUGGUCUUAACUUAUCAUACUUAUCUGCCUGGCUGGGUUUGGAAAUCUUAGAGGCCAGUUGGUAAGUUGAUCAUGUAGUCUUUGUAAAGUUAAUAGCAACUACAGAACUGGGGUAAAACCAGUGUCUAAGUUUUUAAAAAACAAUUUUUAAAAUUUUAUUCUGAAUUUCUUGUCAGUUACAGAAUAAUAAAAAGUUGGAGAAAAGAGGAAUUUCUUGGAUGAAUGUUUUUUUCUCUUUUUCUUUGCCAGGAAAUGUGGAGUAGAAAAGAUUUUAAGCUAAUUAGCAAACCUCAGGUAAUUUUGAUUUAGGAAAAGAAUUAUCAUUCAACUUUUCAUUGAUUUCUUUUUUUUUAUAUAUAUAUAAUUUUAAUCUGAGAUUGACAAUCUGUGUUUAUCCUUGUUUGCUCUGUUCUCACUACUCCUGGUGAUAAACAUGUAACCCAUAGUUACCUCCUUGGCAAUGUUAAUUUUACAGGCAAGUGACUCUACAUAUUUUGAAUGGUGUCCAGAUGGUGAACAUAUUUUGACUGCAACAACAUCUCCAAGGCUCAGAGAAGGAAAUGGGUAAGUUUGAAUUUAAGGGUUAACUGUUCCAAAACAGGAUCUCACUGAUACUGUUGUUGAGUUCAAACAAUUGAUUUUAUGUGCCCUUUAGCUAACAUUUUUGUGAUGUUGUUAUCUAACUUAGCCUAAAUUGUACUUUUUCACUUGUCUUCAACCACUGUUUAUUUUCAGGUACAAACUGUGGCAUUAUACAGGAAAGCUGUUAGAUGAAAGAAGAGUUAGUGAACUUUGGGAGGUAAAACAUCUUUCACUGUUAAUGUGCACCAUGAUUUAUGCAAUUGAAAAAACACUGAAUCCUCUUAAUUUUUUUGGAUCCUUUUGUCAAUUUUUUUUUUGGCAGGUUAAGUGGCAACCUGUUCCAGAUGGAAAGUUUAAGGAGCCAACUAUUGACUACAGUGCUGCAGUGUCUGCCACAACACAAGAACAACAGAAAAGUCAGUGUUAUUGCAGUCUCUUAUAGCUUGAAUUAAAAAAAAACAGAUUUAUUUAGUGUUGUUUUCCAAUGAAAAAAUUAAAUGUGUCAUCUUAGAUUUUAUAAAACCUUCACAGUAAAACUGACAAUUGUGCCAAAUCAAGUGUUAACCCUUUAACUCCCUAAAGUGAUUAACAUGUAACUUCUCCCUAUAAUAUCUGAACAUUAUCCAGCAAACAGGUCAUGAGAAUAUUCAAACUUAUCAGGUUAAGUUGUUAUCUCAAUCUAACACCAAAUUCUCAUAACUUAUUUAUAAGAAAAUGUGUGGUGGAUAGAGGGGAGAAUUGACUAUCAGAUUGUAGGAGUGAGAGGGUUAAGUAUAUGUCUUACAUCCAGGUAUUUAUCUCUCCAGCUAAAGAUGUUUAUCGACCUCCUGGUCUCAGAGGAUUGGCACCUUCAGUAAAAGUGGUGAGACAAUUUGUUCUAGUCUGAAUAUCUUUGAAGAGAUCUCCAUGUUGUGAUUAUUCUAUCAUUAACCCUUUUAAACCCCGAGAGUGAUUAGCACCUAAUUUCUCCCUAUGGUAAUACAGCUGAAUCAUUCAUUAAGAUCAUGAGAAUAAAGGAAAUGAUCACCAACCAAAGAAGCUUUGAUUGCUAAACAAAUUCUCCUUGUCAGUACUAAAGGAAAUGUAUAAAGAAGAGUAUGAGAAUAUGGAUACUGAUGUUGAGGUGUAAAGGGUUGAUAAUAGUGUGGGAGACAUGGUGAUGUCAUGGUUAAUAUGGAGGACUCUGGAUCAAAAGCUUUAGCCCCUAAGAAUGACUAACAUCUAAUUUCUCCUUACAAUAUCACCACUGAAUCACACACAAAAGUUCUGAGAAUAAUCAAAAUUAUCAACAACUACAGAAGCUCUGGAUCAUUAAGCUAAUUCUCCUUGUCUGCACCUUAAAAAAUGUAUAGAGAACAGUAUGGAGAAUAUACACACUGAUGUUUGGAAUAUAAGGGUCAAACUCUCUCAGUGCCUCUCUUCACACCAAGGAGUGUAGAUGGGUACUGGUAGGGUGGGGUGGGGGAAAGUAACCUGCAAUGGACCAUGGGAAUGGCAACAAUACUCUUAAUAUCUUCACAUUAUGGAAAGUGGGAUAUGUUCUAGCCUAUGGAGUGGGCUGUUAAGCUUGAGAGCAGGCCAUUUAUUUUGAAUUCUUAAUUUCAUUUUAGCAUGAGAAUGAACCUGCAGAAAAUAUGAAGCCAAAGGAAGGCCAGGAAAUCUCAAAAUCAGCAGCUAAAAAUAAGAAAAAAAGAGAGGCCAAAGCAAGAGCAAAGCAAGAACAGGAAGUUGCUACUCAGGAGGUAGUCUGUCCAACUUCAACAUUUCACAACUGUUAUAAACCCUGACCAGAUGAGCCCUGAAAAUCCCCUUAAUCCUGAUCAGUUAUUAAUUCAAACCCCAAUUGAGGUGAUCAUUUUUCCAUUACUCUGUCACAUCAUGGAUAAAAAUGAAUUACACUGCUGAAAUGAAGUACAACCAAUGGACGAGACAUCUUUGUGAAUCUCCAUCUGUACAUUUAUCGCAUAGAGUUGUUCAGUCAGGCAAUUAGCAAAUCUCUUAACCCUUCUCCUUGUCUAUCUAAGUGUACAUUUGCUAAUUUACAUGUCAUCUUUUUGGUUGGCUAAGAAGUAAGCCUCUCUGUUUGUCUGUCUGUCUGCUUCUCUACUUGUCUGUCCAUCUGCCUGUCUGUUUAUCUGUCUGCAUCUGUCAGCGUCUCUUUCUGUCAAUCUGUUUGUUGGUCUGUCUGCCUCUCUAUCUGUUUGUCUAUCUGCCUGUCUUUCUAUCUGCUUGUUUGUUUGUCUAACAGCCUCUUUUCAGCCUUUCUGUCUGUCUGUCAGUCUGUCUGCUUCUCUCUCUGUCUGUCUUUCUGUCUAUCUGCUUGUCUGCCUAUCUGUUUGUCUGUCUGCUUCUCUGUCUGUCCACCUCCCUGUCUUUCUCUCCAUCUUCCUGUCCUUCCUUUGAUCCAUCUGUCCAUAUGCCUGCCAGUUUUUUAGUUUAAAGGGGUAAGUUUCUAAAGAAACUGUGGUGCUGCGUUGGUGGGAGAGUAUAGCAGGUAAUUUAGUGUUAACAACUGGGUUGAAAACAUAAAUUAGCUGCCGUAAAGGGUAAAAAAGCUGACGUUUCAAGCAUUAGCCCUUCGUCAGAGUUUGUUUUUAGUUUGGUUUAGUUUUUUUUAGUUUGGGUAGCAAGGCAUACAAUCAUCAUUGGGGCACAACAUAUACAACUGUUCAACAACAUCAAGCUUGGAUAUUAAUGUUUCAGGCAGUGAGGUCAAAACUUCCUCCAUCAUCACCAGCAUCACCACCAGUAGCUGAUACAACUCUUCCACCAGAGAAAGAAAAGAAGCUAAGAAAUUUGAAAAAGGUAAAAUAUCACUUUAUCCCACAGCCAACACAACAAAACACAAAAUCACUAAAAUGUGUUCUGUGUUGUCAAUUAAUCAAAAAGAAUACCUUCAACAAAAAAUUUGAACAAACACAUCACCAAAAAUGGGAAUCAAUCAAUCAAUCCUUGGAGAUUUCCAUAUGAGACACAAUAAUUUCAUAAUGGUCAUCAAUAUUGUCUACCUGUCUAAAUUUACCAACAAGUAGGUUACUCAUCUUAUUAGGAGGUCCAGGCUAUGACAGAAAGCAGUGAAGAAUACUCUCAUAUAUCAGAAUCGAUUGAAUUGGUAUUAUUUUCUGUGGUUUCCAUAAUACGAUUAUUUACAAUGAAAAAAAAAAAGAAGUAAAAAAUUGCUGCCACUUCUGAAUAGGGUCUUUGACCAAUUUUUGGGAAUACAACCCUCGUAAUGAUUGCUGAAUCUUUUUUAACUUCAUUUUCUGCUCAGAAAUUGCGUCAGAUUGAAGACCUAAAGGAGCAACAGAGAUCUGGAAAAACACUGGAAAAAAAUCAGGUCUGCUAUGGAUUAUGGGAUAGAUUAUUGAAUAAAAUAUUAUCAAAGUAAUCAGAGUAACUUGAGGCACUUGAAUGAUGGUUUUGAUGAAAGUAAUUCAGGUUUUAGCCCUUAUGGAUCUUCAUCCUCCCCAUGGAUAACUCUACAUUGGCUGAAAACGUCACUGCAUUAUUGUAGUUAUUUUAUAAUUUUUCUUAAUAACAACUGACUGCAGUUUCCUUUGACUUCUUACAGCUUGAUAAGAUGGCAGCAGAGGCAUCACUCAUAAAGGAAAUCCAAGAAUUAGAGCUUGGAAGCUGACACAAUUUUUUCCAAUUCUUAAUACAGUUAUCCCUUUCAUUUUCCAACAUGAUCAAAAGGAAUUUCGCCUUUUGAUAUCAAUAUAUUUUGAAACAGUAUGGUGAUGAGAAGAGAGAAAAAAAUACACCAAUUGCAAGUGUCAUGUUUGAUUACAUAGAAAGUUCUUAGAGUAAGAAGUGAAAGAAAAUGUACAGCAGGCAAUAAAGAGAAGUGAUGUCUUGAUCUUAGAAUUGAAAGGGUUAAGGAGCCUCUUAGAAUAAAACCAAGAAUUUGACGAUUUAUAUUAAGUACA